AUGGUCGCCGGCGCUCCUCCGCCCGCACGCGGCCAAUCGGCGCACUCGCCCCAAGGUCCACCUCGAGCAGCUGUCGCGCCGAGCGACAAGGGCACCGACGAGCACGAGCGCGACGGCGACGGCGGGCUCGCCGAGCACGUCUGGCCGCAGCUGUCGACCACUCGCCAGGUCCUCUUGACCGUCUCGAUGACGCUCUGCAUGAUGCUCAACAUCAUGCAAGUCCAGUCGGUCCAGCUCGCCCUGCCGACCAUCGGCAGCGACCUCGACAUCCGGACCACCAACCUGCAGUGGCUCAUCAGCAGCUAUAGCGUCGCGUUUGGCGGAUUGCUCCUCCUCUUCGGGCGACUCGCAGACAUUUACGGCCACAAGAAGGUCUUCACGCUCGGCAUGAUUUGGUUCGUCAUCUGGUCCAUCGCGUGCGGGUUCGCCCAGAACGAGGUCUCGAUCGACUUCUUUCGCGCGAUGCAAGGCGCCGCUCUCGGUGCCGCCAUCCCCUCGGCCCUCGGCAUCCUCGGCUCGUCUUUCCCGCCAGGCCAACGCAAGACGACCGCGUUUGCCCUCUUCUCGGCCGGCGCUCCCCUCGGCGGCAGUCUCGGCUCGGUCCUCGGCGGCGUCCUCACCGAAUACGCCGCCAUCAAGUGGCGCGCCAUCUUCCACGUCUCGGCCGGCAUCGGCGCCCUCAUCGGCGUGUCGGCCCUGUGGCUCGUCCCCGCCGACCGCGCCAAGGACAAGUCGCUCACGGUCGACUGGCUCGGCGGCCUCCUCAUCACGUCAGCGGUCGUCCUCCUCACCUUCUCGCUUGCCGACGGCGAGGGUGCGCCUCAUGGCUGGAAGACGCCCUACAUCCCGACGCUCCUCGCCAUCAGCAUCAUCCUCUUCUUCGCCUUCUGGUUCUGGGAGCGCCACCUCGAGUUCGGCACCGAGCGGCAUCCCCUCAUGCACACGGCCAUCUGGUUCAAGGGCCGCUUUGCCGUCGUCCAGCUCAUCGGCGCCCUUGGGUGGAGCGGCUUCGCGAGCUUCAUGUUCUUCGCUUCUCUCGCCUUCCAGGACUACAUGCGCCUCGAGCCCAUCCUCGCGACGGUCCGCUUCUUGCCGAGCAGUGUCACGGGCUUCAUCCUCAACGUUGUCGUCGCCGUCCUCGCGUCGCGCGUGCCGGCGCAGAUCCUCAUCGCCAUCGGCGCGCUCGGGACCGGCCUCGCGCCCCUGCUCUUUGCCGUGCAGGACUACGCCGACCCGUACUGGCAAUGGCAGUUUCCCGCCAUGAUCUUGUCCGUGUUUGGCGCCGACUUUAUCUUCGCGUGCGGCAUCCUCUACGUUUCACAAGUCGCAGGGCCGGGCCAUCAAGCCCUCGCCGGCUCCAUCUUCAACAUGUCGACCCAAAUCGGCACGGGCAUCGGCUUGGCCAUCGGCACCGUCGUGCAGAGCCGCGUCACCAAGAAGGCGGUCGAGGACCUCGGUCAGGUGUACGACCCGAACGGGGCUACGGCCCCGCUCGAGGCGAUCCACAAGGGCCUCAACUCGGCGUUCUACACGUGCGCCGGCUUUGCGUUCCUCGCAACCAUCAUCAGCGUCACGUGCCUGUACGGCAUCGGCAAGGUCGGGCACCGGGACAAGAAGCCGUCGAGUGCAGAAGAGGGCGCGCUCGAGGUCAAGAGCGAGCCAGAGCGAUCAGAGCGGGAGACGAGAAGGUAGACCGGCUGCAUCUGUAGACUCUCAGGGCUUGUAUACUUUGUCUCUCACU